CGAGGAUCCCGACCUCGGUCGAGCUGCUGUCGAGUCCGAUGAUCGUCCUCCUCGUCAUCGGGCCGAUCGUUAUCGGCUUUGCUGGCCACCGCAACUCCCUCAUCUGGAAUCUUCGGAAGUUCUGGGGAGCAUCCGGCGAUUUCUGUCAGGCCCAGUGGGAAAAGAUCAUCCGGAGGAUCGGCGAUGAUCCCGCGACUUAUUGGAUUCACGGCUCGAUCCUAUUGACGUUCCUGGUCUACUGGAUAUUCGGAGGCUUGUACACGCUCCUGGACGCGACCAAUCGGCCGCGUUACUUGCGCCGCUACAAAACCCAGCCGGGCACGAACGAGCCCGUGAAGGCAGGAGACCUGGCGAGGGUGAUCGGCCAGGUCCUCUUCAAUCAGAUCGUCGUCGGUCUGCCCAUUGCCCACUGCGCUUACCGACUAAUGCAAUGGCGCGGCUUCCCGCCUUUAAAGGAGCUCCCAAGUUUUCGCAGUUUCCUCGCGGAGAUCGGCUUCCACGUUAUCUGCGAGGAGCUCGGCUUCUACUACUCUCACCGACUGCUCCACAAUCCCCGGCUCUACAAACACAUUCAUAAGCAGCACCACCAGUGGACGGCCCCGGUGGCCGUCACCGCCAUAUACUGCCACCCUCUCGAGCACAUUGGCUCCAAUCUCCUACCGCCCUUCCUCGGGGUUUUCCUUCUCGGCUCGCACGUCGUUACCGCCUGGCUCUGGUUCUCCCUCGCGAUUCUCUCCACCCUCAACGCCCACUCCGGCUAUCACAUGCCGUUUUUCCCGUCACCCGAGGCGCACGAUUUCCAUCAUCUCAAAAUUGUAAACUUAAGAAUUAAAAUGAGAACUAGAAGUAAUUCUGGUGUUCGUUUGGACUACUAUCAACGAGUAGUUCACAAAAUUAUUAUGGAUCAUCAAAAUCCCAUAACUGGACUCUUUCCUGCAAGUCAUGAUAAUAGUCACGCCUGGAUUCGCGACAAUGUCUAUACAAUAUUGGCUGUUUGGGGUUUAUCGAUGGCGUAUAAAAAAAUAGCUGAUGCAGACGAAGAUCGAGCAAAAACUUAUGAAUUGGAGCAAAGUUGUGUCAAGCUCAUGAGAGGACUUCUAAUGGCAAUGAUGCAACAGAAGGGCAAAGUCGAAAAAUUUAAAUCCACUCAAAAUCCUCUGGAUGCUUUACACGCUAAAUACAGUUCUGCAACUGGACAAACCGUAGUUAAGGAUGACGAGUGGGGACAUUUGCAGAUCGAUUCUAUUUCGCUGUAUCUUUUAAUUUUAGCUCAAAUGACUGCGUCUGGUCUUCAAAUUGUAUUCAAUUUAGAUGAAGUAGCUUUUAUACAAAAUUUAGUAUUUUAUAUUGAAUCUGCGUACUGCACACCUGAUUAUGGAAUCUGGGAAAGAGGAGAUAAAACAAAUCAUGGUUUACCUGAAUUAAAUGCAAGUAGUAUUGGCAUGGCGAAAGCCGCUUUAGAAGCUAUGAACGAAUUGGAUUUAUUUGGCGCAAGAGGCGGCCCCACAUCGGUUAUUCAUGUUUUGGCCGAUGAAGCACAAAAAUGUCAAGCUGUUCUGCAGUCUAUGCUUCCUAGAGAAUCGAAUUCUAAAGAGCUAGACAGUGGUCUUCUUUCCAUUAUUAGUUUUCCUGCUUUCGCAGUUGAUGAACCGGACUUAAUUCAGCAAACGCGCGAUGCGAUAAUUAAAAAAUUGCAAGGGAAAUAUGGCUGUAAAAGAUUUUUAAGAGAUGGCUACAAAACUCCAAAAGAAGAUCCUAAUAGAUUGUAUUACGAACCUUGGGAAUUAAGAAUGUUUGAGAAUAUUGAAUGCGAAUGGCCACUUUUCUUUUGCUAUUUAAUUUUAGAUUAUUGCUUUCAAGGGAACAAGGAAGCAGUUAUUCGUUAUACAGCAAUGCUAGAAAAUGUUACGGUCCAGAGCGUCGAUGGUAUAAGACUCGUGCCCGAACUUUAUGCAGUAUCACCAGCAAAUGUUACGGCUGAGUAUGCAGAACCGGGAAGCCAGGUAAGGGAGGCACUGGGUAGAUGUCCAUUCAUGUGGGCCCAGUCUCUCUACAUUUUAGGCAAAUUACUUCAAGAGGGAUUCUUAGCCGUGGGAGAAUUAGAUCCUUUAAAUCGCCGUUUGUGUAGCGAGAAGAAGCCAGAUGUUGUCGUGCAAGUUGUUAUUCUAGCUGAAAAUGUAGAGAUCAGAGACAAAAUUGCACAGCAUGAUAUUCAUGUGCAAACCAUCACUGAAGUCGAACCCACGGAAGUGCAGCCUGCCAAGGUCCUCAGCCAUUUAUAUACAAAUUUAGGUCGUAAUAAAAAAUUAGAAUUAUCUGGCCGAAAGUCUAGAGAUGUUGGUAUUCUAAGUACAAGCAAAUUGUACUCUUUACACGAUAAAAUCUUUGCCUUCACUCCGCAGCUAACAGAUAUGACCCGCUUCUACGUCGCUUCGGACUAUGAACUUAUGAUUGACAUAUUCAAAGGGGAAAUUAAUUUUUUAAAAUCUAGCUGGCAGAAUAUGUUAGGCCGCCCACUUGUCAACAUUGAUGUCAAGGACUACUAUACGUCUAAUGAUGCAGACUUUCUUGCCAAUACAUUCACGACUAACUUGGCUUUUCUUACCAUCAAUUGGAAACAAAUGCUCGGUAGACCAACGGUAACACUAGUUGCAACUAAUAAUUUCCUAGAUCAAGGAAAAAUUCCAUUGGCAAUGAUUACGACUAUGAAAAAACUAAAAAGCGGCUAUAUUAAUGGAACUCGUGUGUCGUUAGGAAAUUUGAAUGAUUUUUUAAGCACUUCAUGCAUCACUAAUCUUAGCUUUCUUGGCUGUGCCGAAGAUGGCCGACCGGACAAAUUGAAUCCAGAGGUACGACGAUAUUUAGGAGAGAAUUUAUUGAAGUCUUUGCUAUUGCCUAUAAACUUAUUAAAUCGUCCGAUAACUCAUAAUAGAAAAAGCAUAAAGCGAAGAAUGUCUGUAAAAGGUGCAAUUAAGAAAACAAGAUCGAUAGCGGUUGAGCCCGAAAUUCUGGGUAUGGCUGGAGAAGAUCGAAGAUCCUCCAUUGUUGUUCAAGUUAAUCCAUUUAUUAAAACCAAUGAUACUGCGUUGCAGUCGCCUACGACAGAGAAUAAAAUAUUCGAGCAUACUCAUUCGUCAACCGAUGAUACGUUAUCGUGGAAAACUCAUUCGCCAAAACCAACUAGACAUAGGCUGAACUCAGAAACGCAAUAUGCGGAUACCGAAGUCGAAGAACUAAUGGCUAUGAUAAGAGAAACCGAAAGUUUAGAAGAACAAGGAGAUAUUUUACAAUAUUUGGUGGACACUCAUGGUCUAUAUUUCAAUACGGGCAUGAUACGGAACAAGUAUCCGGUUCUUGUAAAGGAUCUUCUGAAGGACCUCUACGAGAAGGCGUGUCAACAGAAAAUGUGGGGCAUAGUGCGUCACACCGCGGGUAUGCUCGGCAAGCGGGUCGAGGAUCUGGCGAAGGCGGUUACAGAUCUGCUGGUACGACAGAAGCAGGUGACUGUUGGCAUGCCACCGGCCAACGAGCAUACAAUCGUCGCCCCUUUACCGGAGAAUGAGUUGCGCUCCCUCAUCCACGAGGCAUACGGCGACGACGAGUCUACGGCGAUGCUCACUCAGGAGCUCCUGGUUUACCUCGCCAUGUUCAUAAGGACCGAGCCACGGCUGUUCCACGAAAUGUUGCGGCUGAGAGUCGGGCUUAUCAUUCAGGUCAUGGCCACGGAACUCUCGAGAACACUUAUGUGCAGUGGUGAGGAGGCCUCUGAACAUCUUCUUAAUCUCUCACCUUUCGAGAUGAAGAAUUUGCUGCAUCACAUUAUGAGUGGCAAAGAGUUCGCCAUUAGCAGCGUUGGUCGUGGUAACUUUUCAAUUGUCAACUGUAAAUCAAAUCGAGUUAGCAAGAAAUCACAAAUUGGCGACUUCCUUAAUUCGGACCAAGAGAAUGUAGAAAUGGAGCCUGAUCGACAAGGACAAUGGUUAAGGAGAAGGCGAUUAGAUGGAGCCUUAAAUCGUGUACCGCGAGAUUUCUAUUCUCAAGUUUGGCAUGUUCUUGAAAGAUCUCAAGGCUUAGUAAUCGAAGGUCGAAUUCUCCCACAACAUUUGACUCAGGAAAUGACACCUGGAGAACUGAAAUUCGCAUUAGCUGUAGAGACUGUUUUAAAUACCAUACCGCAGCCAGAAUAUCGACAGCUUGUUGUCGAAGCAUUGAUGGUGUUAACACUUUUUACGGAAUAUAACAUGGUCUCUUCUCUAGGUGGUUUGAUAGCCGUCGAACAUUUAGUACAUAAAGCAAAUUCUAUAUUUUUAGAAGACCAGAUAAAAAUUGACGGGGACGCGACACUUUGUUGUGCAAAACCAAAAGAACUUCGAGAAAUAACGGUAAUGGGUACGUUAGUCUGUGGAGGAGCUGCGUAUGUUUGUCAACAUUUUUAUGACUCAGCCCCAAGUGGAAGCUUUGGAACUAUGACUUAUAUAACUAGAGCUGUUGCUAGUCUAUUAAAAUGUUUACCAAAAGACGGCGAUUCGGAGUGUUCGAUAUCUUAAUGACCUUAAUAUUAGUAAAGAUUUAAUAUAUUAUUUACUAUUUAGUGAUACAA